AUGGCGUCGAAAACACCCCCAAACAUCAUCUUCAUCAUGGCGGAUGACCAUGCCGCCAAGUCGAUAUCAUGCUACGGCGCGGGCAUCAACCACACCCCCAACCUGGACCGCAUCGCCAACGAGGGUAUGCUGUUCAACCAUUGCUACGUCACAAACAGCAUUUGCACGCCCUCGCGCGCGGCAAUCCUGUGCGGCACGCACAACCACGUCAACGGCGUCAUGACGCUCAACUCCAAGAUCAACAAGAGGAUGCCCAACGUGGCCAAGCAGCUGCGCUCGAGUCCCGCCAAUUACCAGACUGCCAUGGUUGGCAAGUGGCAUCUCGGUGAAGGUGCUGAUCAUGAGCCCACGGGUUUCGAUUAUUGGAGCGUGGUGCCCGGGCAGGGCGAGUACUGGGACCCGCAGUUCAUUGAGCCGGAUGGGACAAAGACUGUUCCUGGUUAUACAACGGACAUCAUUACGGACAAGUGCAUUGACUGGAUGAAGGCUCGCGACAAGUCGAGACCGUUUUAUCUCAUGUGCCAUCACAAAGCUCCCCACAGGAGCUGGGAGUACGACAUGAAGCACAAGGAUCUAUACAAAGAUCCCGUUAAGCUCCCCGACACCUUCACGGACGACUACAAGAACCGUGCCAACGCGGCCAAGGUAGCCAAGAUGAAGGUAGCAGAGGACAUGACCUACAACGAUCUCGGCAUCGUCCAGCCAGAAGGCCCCAGGGCUGCGAUUGGCGAGAAGAUGAUUGACUUGUGGUGGUGGAACGACCGCAAGAUCCCGGCGCCGGAGGAUGUCACUUCGCUCAAGUUUCUUUGCAAAAACACCGGAGACGCUUUCACCUUCAAGACAAAGGAGGAGCUCGCGGAGUGGAAGUUUCAGCGCUACAUGCAGCGCUAUCUCCGCACCAUCCAAAGCGUCGACGACAACGUCGGCCGCAUGUUGGACUACCUCGACGCGGAGGGUCUCGCGGAAAACACCAUUGUGGUAUAUACAUCAGACCAGGGCUUCUUCCUCGGCGAGCACGGGUGGUUCGACAAGCGUUUUAUCUAUGAAGAGUCCUUCCUCAUGCCGUUCUUGAUUCGGUACCCGAGAGAGAUCAAGCCAAAGAGCGUGUGCGACGACAUCAUCUGCAACGUCGACUUUGCCCCAACGUUCCUCGAUUUCGCAGGCGUGCGCAUUCCAACAUAUAUGCAAGGCGUAUCCUUCAAAUCACUCCUUCAUGGAAAGACGCCAGAAGACUGGCAGCAAGUCGCCUACCACCGGUACUGGAUGCACAACGACGUCAUCCACAACGCCUACGCACACUAUGGCGUUCGCGACCAGCGGUAUAAGCUGAUUUACUGGUAUAAUGAGGACUUUGGGCUCGAGGGCGCGAGGCCAGGUGAUGCAGACAAAAAAGAAUGGGAGUUGUUUGACUGUCACGAGGACCCGCUGGAGCUGUUCAAUUGUUAUGCCGAAGAGAAGUAUAAGGAUGUGGUUGUGAUGAUGAAGAAGAAGCUGGAGGAUAAGAUGUACGAGAUUGGUGAUGAGCCUGUACAUACCAAGUAUGAAAACCAAUAA